GUUUGUAUUUUAGGAGUAGCUUCCGUUGCAAUUUGCAGAUUCUUCCUCCUUUUCUCUCUCUUUAACUUUCUCUCUUCUUUUGUUCACCUCCACUCAUAUUCUUCCAUUUUCACCCUUUUGUUUUCUUCUUCUUCUUCUUCUUCUUCUUCCCUUUCAAUUGCAGAUUGUAUCGAAACCCUAGCUUUCCUCCAUCUCUCUUUCUCUGUGGAAGGUUUUCGUAGCUUCUCAAUUGGGUUUACUUCAAGUGGUGAAAUGUCGACUCCUGCAAGGAAGAGGCUAAUGAGAGAUUUUAAGAGGUUGCAGCAAGAUCCACCUGCCGGUAUUAGUGGGGCACCUCAAGAUAACAAUAUAAUGCUUUGGAAUGCGGUGAUAUUUGGGUAUGUUGGCAAUGAAAUUAGGCAAUAUGUUUUCUUGUGCUUGUUUAGACUUUAGAGUAUUUAUUUUACCCUUUUUAAUUAUCAGUAUAUUGAGUAUGGUUGGAUAAGGCAUUUCUGGUUUCUUGUCUGAUUUGGAUUGCAGUCCUGAUGAUACUCCAUGGGAUGGAGGUGAGUAACCCUUGCCCUGAAGCUAUCACUUUCAAAAGAUUCCAACUUAUGCAUGAUACUAUGAUAGAAAGCAUUUGCGUAUAGCAUCUCGUAUGUUAUAUCUGUCAUUCUUGUUCUAAUAUAGAUCUCUAGCACUGGAAGGAUAACAUACACUUUCCUUCAGUCAUUGAGUUAUUUAGUGUUCUUAGCAGAAAGUUCAGAUAGGAAAAGAUCAUUGAACAAUUGUAUUCUUUUCAUGUUAAUUUGAUAAAUUUUAUGCUUAUUCCUCCGUACAUAAUUUUCACUGCCUUUGAACCUUCAUGAAAAAAUAUUGUUUUGAGUUCUUCAGGUACUUUUAAAUUGACUCUUCAAUUCUCUGAAGAUUAUCCAAACAAACCUCCAACUGUUCGAUUUGUUUCUCGAAUGUUUCAUCCAAAUAUUUAUGCAGAUGGGAGUAUUUGUUUGGAUAUUUUACAAAAUCAGUGGAGUCCAAUAUAUGAUGUAGCAGCUAUACUCACAUCUAUCCAGGUUCAUACAUAUUCAAUAUUUAAUAGCAAUGUGGAUACUCUUCAUUUUUUACCAUGGAACUAGUGAAGCAAGUAGUCACCUUACCACUGCAUCAUAUUUUUUUGCCUCUUCAGUUUUGCAUGGUAUAGACUCUAGAGGCAUUUUAAGGGCAAAUAUAUAGUUUAAAUUGGAGGGUGGAGAGAGCUAACUUUCCCUUUCAACUAUCUAUCCUUUCAUCAGCACCAGCACCUUCCUGAACCCCUCAAAAACAAUCCAGAUUGUUUCAAGUGGGGAUAUAACUUGUUUCCUUGACUUGAGCAUUUACCGUUUGAGAUAUUUCUCUUUUGAAAUUUCAUGAAAAGUAAAGAUGUGUUUUUUGUUUUGCCUAAAUAAUUAUAGUGAAAGAAGGUGGGAUUUUAGCCUAUUGAGAUUCUUUCAACUCUUAGUACAUGUAAACUUAUCCAAUGAAGCAGAGAGGAGAAAGCCUGAAAACUAGUUCAAUUAUUUAGGAAACAGAAUGGUCCACUGUCGUACUGGACUUGGUGCAGCUUUUUUUUUUUUAUUUUACUUUUUAACAUUUUUUCAAGAAAAAUAAUUGGAAUAACUUUUU